AUCUGUCUCAUUCCAAGUGCAAGAAAUAUAACGCGAAGUGCAGCUGCAAGGAACAGAAACGCCAUGUGUGGUGUGAGAGAGAUCGUCGGCGGAGAAUGAAUUUCAGAAUUGUUGGAGCCUUGUGUAGCCGUUUAACCUCAAAGUUUUCCAAGUAAAAUUUAAUAAAAAGCUCGCGAGCAUGACGGACACAAAGAACGACAAGGCGAAAGUCGAUCUCGGAUUGCUCGAGGAGGAUGACGAGUUCGAGGAAUUUCCCGCGGAAGAUUGGACCGCGAAGGAUGAGGACGGCGACGAUAUCAGCGUCUGGGAGGACAACUGGGACGACGAUGACGUCGAGGAUGAUUUCAAUCAACAGUUAAGAGCACAGCUAGAGAAACAGAAAGCUACGAGUGAUGCAACCAAGAAAAAUUAAAUUAGCUUGUAAUAUACAUUUAAUCUUAUUAUUUUAUAUAAAUAAACACGUAAUUAAAUAUUAA